AUGAAGGCUCUCAUCACCCAGGCCAACAAGACCGCCAAGAUCGAGGUGGUGCCCGUCCCGGAGAUCGACGACGACGAAGUGCUCGUCAAGGUCGUCGGUGUCGCGCAGAACCCGACUGACUGGCACCACAUCAGCCUCUUCACCAACGUGGGCACGAUCUGCGGAUGCGACUGGUCUGGUUACGUCGUAAAGACGGGCAAGAACGUCACGUCGCCCGCCGUGGGCGACCAUGUCGCGAGCUUCGUGUUCGGUGGCAUGUACAAGGAUCGCGGCGCGUUCGCCGAGUAUGCCAAGACCUCCGCCGACCUCACCUGGAAGGUCCCCGAAGGCACGCUCAGCCACGAAGAGGCGGCCACCAUGGGUGGUGCCUAUUGGACAGCUGUCCAGGCGUUGUUCCACCCGGCCCGCCUAGGACUCGUCGAGCCCCCGAAAAAAGUUGACAAGGAGGAGUGGAUUCUCGUGUAUGGAGGAAGCGGCUCCGUCGGCAUGUUCGCCAUCCAGCUCGCACACCUUGCUGGCUACAAAGUCGUUACGACUGCCUCGCCCAGAAACCACGCACUCUGCAAGGAGUUUGGUGCGGACGCUGUAUUUGACUACAAGGAUCCGAGCGCCAUCGAAAAGAUCAAGAAGCUCACGAACAACAGCAUUCGCGUGGGGCUCGACGCCAUCUCCCAGCCCGACACGCUGAAAUUCAGCGUGGAGACUUUUGGCGCCGACGGCGGCAAGCUCCUCACGAUCCUUCCUCAGGACGUCCCGGGCCUGCGCUCCGACGUCAAGCUCCAAUUGACGGUAAUCUACUCCUCGCUCGGCCGCGAGUUCGUCUACGGACACAUGAUGGCCUUCCCCGCGAGCGAGGAGGACCGGGCGCACAUGGUGAACUUCCUCAAGAAGACGCCCGAGCUCGUCAAGAGCGGGCAGGUCAAGCCGAACCCGACCAAGCUCUUCGACGGCGGCCUUGAGGGCACUGAGGCCGGUCUCAAGUACAUGGCGGAGGGCAAGCACAGCGGCGAGAAGAUUGUCUAUCAUCUCUAA